AUGAAAUCUUUGACGGAGAAAAAAGUUAAACUUCCUGUUGUGAAGUUCAAGUGUACAAUGAACAAUACAAUUCUAGAUGUUCUUAAGAAUAGAGGAUGGACUGAAGUCCCAAGAGAAGAUGAAUGUGAUUUCUACUGGUGUGAUCCAAUGGCUAUGAAAGAGUUAUUUGAUCAUGGAUUAAUGGGGAAUAUAUUGAAAAUUUGUCAUUUUCGUAAUCAUUUCGAACUUACACGUAAAAAUCUGAUGGUUAAAAAUCUAAAACGAUUAAAACGUAAAUGGGAGAAAGAAUAUAGUAAACAAGAUGGACAAAAAUUAGACUUUUUCCCUACAACCUAUGAACUUCCGAUGGAAUAUCAUAUGUUCAUUGAAGAAUUUCGUAAAUGUCCAGGUUCUAUAUGGAUAAUGAAACCGGUGGCUAAAUCACAAGGCAAAGGCAUAUUUCUUUUUCGUAAAUUAAAAGAUAUUGAAGCUUGGAAACGUGCAGCACUAAAAUGUGAUCAACACCAAUACCAAUACCAACAACAACAACCACAACAACAACAACAACAAUCAAUAGGUGAUACGUUGAAUCGUGAAUUACCUGAAACUUAUGUUGUUUCAAGGUAUAUUACUAAUCCAUACUUAUUAUGUGGACGUAAAUUUGAUUUACGCGUUUACGUUUUAGUCACAUCGUUCAAUCCAUUAAAAGUAUGGGUUUAUCGUGAUGGAUUUGCGCGUUUUUCAAAUACACGAUUUUCAUUGGAUUCGAUUGAUGAUCAAUAUAUACAUUUAACAAAUAUUGCUGUACAAAAGACUGCACCAGACUAUGAUGCUGAAAAAGGCUGUAAAUGGUCUAUUGGUCGAUUACGUCGACAACUUCUGGCUCAGUAUGGGUAUGAUAAGGUUGCAGAUUUAUUUCAUCAAAUCGAUAUGAUAUUUAUUGGUAGUUUAUUAAGUGUACAAAAAAUUAUCAUUAAUGAUAAACGUUGUUUUGAACUCUACGGUUACGAUAUACUCUUGGAUGAUAAUUUAAAACCAUGGCUGUUAGAAAUCAAUGCCUGUCCAUCAUUGACAGCUUCUUCUGUUGAAGAUUAUACACUAAAGACCAACCUUUUAGAUGAUAUGCUAGAUGUUGUAGACGUGGAAGGUCGUCUUACAGGCUCUGAGAAACGUAUCGGUGACUUUGAUCUAAUCUGGGAUGAUGGUCCUGUUUCACCGACAUCAGAUACAACAGAAGGUUGGUUAAUUGAAGCCUUGGCUGCUAUAAGGUCAAGUAGUAACAAUAUGGAAAAUUCAUCCAAUUUAUUUCAUUCAUUUGGACCCAAUGGACUACCAAGACUUAAUUCAUUUCUAGGCUGCACAUCAUCACAAUCGCCUAAGUAUGAAGUAAAUAUGUGCUGCUGA